CCGAAUCUCCUUCUACGCGUUCUCCGUUACAAAAUCCAAUCCCCUUCCCUUCUCCCUCCCCCUAAUGCCUCCUCAAUCCCCAUAACUCCCCAAUCCACUCCAACCGAAGAUUCUAGUCCGUUCCUCCUUCUCCUCCUCCUUCAUGGGUGCGAUCUUUUCCAGUUGCUCUCCUGCUCCUUCCUCUGUUCCUCGUCCGGCCGGUCUCGGGGACUUGCCGGAGAGCUGUGUCGCCUCGAUCCUGACCCACCUGGAACCGAAGGACAUAUGUGGGCUUGCUCGGCUAAAUCGGGCUUUCCGGGGCGCGUCGUGGGCUGAUUUCGUCUGGGAAUCGAAGCUGCCCGAGAAUUACGCGGCUCUCUUCCAGCAGAUGUUCGACCGGCCGGUCGACGGUUUGGGCAAGCGGCAGCUUUACACGAGGCUCUGCCAAGCGUGUACCUUCGAUGGUGGCACGAAGAAAGUGUGGCUAGAUAAAGAAACGAGCCGUGUCUGUCUAAACAUUUGUGCAAAGGGUUUAGCAAUCACAGGGAUUGAUGAUCGGAGAUAUUGGAAUCACGUCCCUACCGAUGAGUCUAGAUUUCAAACUGUGGCUUAUCUUCAGCAAACUUGGUGGUUCGAAGUCGAGGGCGAGAUUGAGUUCCCAUUUCCUCCAGGCACAUACAGCGUCUUCUUCAGGCUGCAACUAGGGCAAACCUCUAGGCGGUUCGGCCGAAGAGUCUGCAACACCGAGCAUGUCCAUGGUUGGGACAAGAAACCGGUGCGGUUCCAGCUUUGGGCCUCGGAGGGCCAGUCCUCGGCAUCCCAGUGCUUCUUGAGGGCGCCCGGGAAGUGGGUGCACUACCAUGUCGGUGAUUUUAACGUUCUGGGCCACGACUCCCCCCCAACAAGGGUUAAGUUCUCGAUGACCCAGAUCGACUGUACACAUACGAAGGGUGGGCUCUGUGUCGAUUCUGUGUUGAUAUACCCCUGUGAAUACAAAGAGAGGUUUAAGCAAUUUUAUGCUCCUUAAAGCUCUCUCUCUCUCUCUCUCUCUGAGGUUAGCGGGUAGCAGUAGAAGUUAGGGACGAGUAGGAUCACGAGCUUCACAUUGUUAUACGCAAGCCAGGGAAUGUGUAUAUUUUCAAACGUCCUUGCUUGUAUUUUGAGUAAGUUCAUCAAAGUGUCUGGACCCCUUUGUGAAUGAAGCUGAUGAAGUAAUGUUGGAAGGCUC